AUUUGGCAAGUGCAACUAAAUGGCUCAUCAUACCGGCCAGCAAACACUAGCAUCUUUUCGUCGACAAUGUCGUACGCGUACGGGGCCUACGGCCGCUCGCCGUCUCCUAUAUUCUCACAGAGUUCCAUACUACUGGAUGACUCCUCAGCAGACGAAGCACCCGAUGUUCAACCAAGCGCGAGCCGGACGGGUUCGCCGGGGCCUCCAAAUGCCGAGCAUGGGGAGGCAGCAGGGGCGGACACGAUGACAUGCCUCUGGGACGACUGCGGUAUUGUCUUCAGCCACCUACCCAGUCUCAUAGAACACAUCCACUCUACGCAUAUUGGGGUGCACAAGUCGAACUAUACUUGCGAGUGGGCGACAUGCAACCGUCGUGGGCUCGCACAGACUUCGCGAUUCGCCUUGAUAUCCCAUAUCCGCUCGCAUACCGGCGAGAAGCCCUUCAUUUGUUCCCGGCCAGGUAAGUGGUGUCCUCUUAAUACCAUUCAAAGUAAACGAACAUCACCUGUAUUCUGUUUUUACUCUUACAAUUUACCUCCAUAUGCCAAUUGUCAUUGUUCAUAUUUCAACUUCUCCUUUUAUCGACCUACUCAAAUAUUCUCAGAAUGCGACAAGUCCUUCACCCGCUCCGACGCGCUAGCAAAACACAUGCGACUACAGCAUAACAUGCCCCCUCCACCGUCCGGUAGGGGCUCGUCAGGAACACGUAAACGCAAGCGCUCUCUCUCUCCCUCCCACCCCCAAACCAACGCACCUGCGCCCGAGCACUCCGCAUUCAACACCUUCAAGCUCGAACCACAGACACCUUCUGAGCUUGAUAACGGACUCGGAGGUGGGGGAGAUUACUUUUCGGGACUCGUGCGGGAGGAGGACGAUGAGGACGAUGAUGAUGGAGAGGACGAUGGACUUCCACCGCAUUUGCAGCGGCUCUUGGAUCCCAGGACUGGUUUGAUCAUGGGUCGCAGUCCUGCACUCGUCAUGUAUAUAAUUCAGAAAGCGAAAAUGCGAUACGCGCUCGAGACCCACGCGGCGCUCAUCGAGGAACUCAGGGUUACAAGGGCACAGGCGAAGGAAGAAAAGGCAAAGAAGGAAGUAAUGCUGGAUGAGUUGAUCAAGACUGUUUUUGGAGAAGAAGCAGCAGCUGUCGCACAUGUCCUUCCCCCACAGCGAGCUCGCCGGAGCCUACCACCACAAGCGCACCAUGUACCAGCUGCAUAUCCACCGCAACAUGUGCACUGAGGCUCCAGUGCGCUAGAUCUCUAUUGUAUUAAUGUUCUGCUAUCGUUAUCGUGAUUUUGACAUUGCCUACGCGUGUCAUGCGGCCUAUAGCUAAGAUAUUAUACCUAUCCAGGCUGCUGAGUAGAACCAUUCCUCGUCUUUAUCACGUACGUCCCUCAUGAGC